CCCCGAGCCUCCAGCGCCUCCCCGCCGCUACUGCUGCCGCCCGCCAGCCGCCCCGGGCCGCCCUCCCGGCCGCCGCCCCGACGGCCACGGCCACGGCCGCGGCGGACCCCGGGGGCCGGCAUGUAGCGGGCCCGCCAUGGCCGGCACUGACGGCGGCGGCGGCGGCGGCGGCGGCGACCUGAAGACUGCUCGCCUGUGGCGGGAGGCUGCCCUCCGAGCGCGCAAGCUGAGGGGCAACCUGCGGCAGCUGAGCCUGAGCGGAGCCGCGGCCGCAGCUUCCUCGGACCCGGGCACCGGCCCCCGGCCGCCCAGCCCCUCGCCGGUCCAGGACCCUCCGCCGCUUGUGCUGCCCCAGGAUAUCGCCGACGUGGAGGUGCUCAACUUGGGCAACAAUGCCCUGGACGAGCUGCCCGCCGGCCUGGCCACCGCCCUGGGCAGCUUGCCCCUCCUGCGGGGCCUGGUUCUGCGCCGGAACCGCCUGCCCAGGCUGCCCCCUCUGCUGGGCCAGUUGGGUGCCCGCCUCACCGAGCUGGACGUGAGCCACAACCGGCUGGGCGCUGUGGCCGCCGAGGUGCUGAGCGCCCUGCCCCAGCUGCGCAAACUCAACCUCAGUCACAACCAGCUGGCCGACCUGCCUGCCCAGCUGGGCUCCCUGGGACACCUCGAGGAGCUGGACGUCAGCUUCAACAGGCUCCCACACCUGCCCGAUGCCCUGGGCUGCCUGCGGGCCCUGCGCACGCUGGACCUGGACCACAACCAGCUCACCGCCUUCCCCCCUCAGCUCCUGCAGUUGGGCACCCUGGAGGAGCUGGACCUGUCCGGCAACAGGCUUCGAGGCCUACCUGAGGAGAUAGGGGCCCUGCGAGCUCUCAAGAUCCUCUGGCUUAGUGGGGCCGAGCUGGGCACCCUGCCCUCUGGUUUCUGCCAACUGGCCAGCCUGGAGAGCCUGAUGCUGGACAGUAAUGGGCUGCAGGCCCUGCCGGCCCAGUUCAGCUGUCUCCAGCAGCUGAGGAUGCUAAACCUCUCCUCCAAUUGCUUCGAGGACUUCCCCGGGGCCCUGCUGCCCCUGGCCAGCCUGGAGGAACUCUACUUGAGCCGAAACCGGCUCACAGCCCUGCCAGCCCUGGUCUCGCGCCUGAGCAGGCUGCUCACACUCUGGCUGGACAAUAACCGCAUCCGCUACCUGCCGGAUUCCAUCGUGGAGCUGACGGGCCUGGAAGAGCUGGUGCUGCAGGGGAACCAGAUCGCCGUGCUGCCGGACAAUUUCGGGCAGCUCUCUCGGGUGGGGCUGUGGAAGGUCAAGGACAACCCGCUCAUCCAGCCGCCCUACGAGGUCUGUAUGAAGGGCAUCCCCUACAUCGCAGCCUACCAGAAGGAACUGGCCCAUUCCCAGCCCGCUGUGCAGCCUCGACUCAAGUUGCUGCUGUUGGGCCAAAAGGCUUCGGGCAAGACGUCCUUGCGCAGGUGCCUCACCGAGGGGGACCAGGAGGAGGGGAUGCGGGUGGGGAGGAGCCGGGAGAAGGACCACCCCGGCCUGGACCCAGGCCUUGGCCCAGCCUCGGGCUGUAACAGCAAGGGCAUCGAAGUGACCAGCUGGACUGCUGAUGCCGCCCGGGGCCUGCGCUUCAUCGUCUACGACUUGGCAGGGGACCAGAGCUAUGAGGUCAUCCAGCCCUUCUUCCUCUCCCCCGGAGCCCUUUAUGUCCUGGUGGUCAAUCUGGCCACCUACGAGCCCUCCAGCUUCCCCUCUGCGGUGGGAUCCUUCCUGCACUGCGUGGGGGCCCGGGUGCCGCACGCCGUGGUCUGCAUUGUGGGCACCCACUCGGACCUGUGCGGGGAGCGGGAGCUGGAGGAAAAGUGCCUGGACAUUCACAGACAGAUCGCCCUGCAGGAGAAGCAGGACGCGGCUGGCCUGGGCCGCCUGGCCCGUGCGGUGGACGAGGCACUGGCCAGGGACUUCGAGCUGCGCUGCUCCAGCCCCCACGCGGCCUACUACGGGGUGUCCGACAAGAACCUGCGCCGGCGCAAGGCCCACCUGCAGUACCUGCUCAAGCACCGGCCACAGAUCCUGUCCCCGGUGCUGCCCGUGAGCUGCAGGGCCCCGGCGCAGCUGCAGAGGCUGCGCGCCAAGCUGCUGUCCGUAGCCGAGCACCGCGAGAUCUUCCCCAACCUGCACCGGGUGCUGCCGCGCUCCUGGCACGUCCUGGAGGAGCUGCACUUCCAGCGGCCGCAGGCCGAGCGCCUGUGGCUUAGCUGGUGGGACUCGGCGCGCCUGGGCCUGCAGGCCGGCCUGACGGAGGACCGGCUGCAGAGCGCCCUGUCCUACCUGCACGAGAGCGGCAAGCUGCUCUACUUCGAGGACAGCGCUGCCCUCAAGGAGCACGUCUUCCACAACCUGCCGCGCCUCAUCGACAUCCUCAACGUCUUCUUCCAGCGCAACGCGGGCCUGCUGCUGCGCAAGCUGCUGCUCGGCACCCAGGGGGAGGAUCCGCUGCGGGCGGCCCAGCUGCACCACUACGUGGAGGGCUUCCUCCUGCACGGCCUGCUGCCCGCCCACGUUAUCCGGCUGCUGCUGCGGCCCCACGUGCAGGCACCCCAGGACCUGCAGCUGCUCUUGGAGCUGCUGGAGAAGAUGGGGCUCUGCUACUGCCUCAACAAGGCCAAGGGCAAGGCGCUGAAUGGGGCCGCCGCCUCCUGGUACAAGUUCCCCUGCUAUGUGCACCACACUGAGGUGCCCCCCACGGCGGAGGCCUGGCUCCGCCAGCCGGGCCUGGCCGGCCAGUCCUUCGUGGCGGAGCAGCUGCAGAUCCGCUACAGCUUCCCCGUGCUCUUUCCCCCGGGCCUGUUUGCCCGCUACAGCGUCCAGAUCAACCGGCACGUGGUGCAGCGCUCCGACGGCAACUUCCAGAUCUUCGCCUACCGCGGGAAGGUGCCGGUGGUGGUGAGCUACAGGCCCAGCCGCUGCGGCGGCGACACCCUGUCCAUCGCCAGCCACGCCUCGCUGCCCAACAUCUGGACGGCGUGGCAGGCCAUCACCCCGCUGCUCGAGGAGCUGGAUGCCCUGCUUCAGGAGUGGCCCGGCCUCUGCUACACCGUGCACAUCCUCUGCUCCAAGUGCCUUAAGAGAGGCUCCCCCAGCCCACACGCCUUCCCAGGGGAGUUGCUGAGUCAGCCCAGGCCAGAGGGUGUCACCGAGAUCAUCUGCCCCAAAAAUGGCAGCGAGCGAGUGAACGUGGCCUUGGUCUACCCCCCCACGCCCACCGUGAUCAGCCCCUGUUCCAAGAAGAAUGUUGGCGAAAAGCACAGAAAUCAGUAAUGGCAGGUGGGGCUAGGAGGUGCCCCAAAGAGGAAGACAGCGCCGAAGCCUUCUGGGCAGGCUUGGCUGGCCACGAGGGGAUGGAGCCUUUGCUGGCCUCCCAGCACGGACCAAUGGGGAAGGUACUUCCAGGGAAUGGAACUGACAACCAAGAGCCCUUGGAAAUGGAGCUGGGAGGAAGGAGAUUGGGGAGAGGGAGGAAGGAAGGAAGGAAGGAAGGAAGGAAGGAAGGAAGGAAGGAAGGAAGGAAGGAAGGAAGGAAGGAAGGGAAGAGACUCUGGAGCAAACAUUUUACAAUCUGAACCUCAGAACUGUGAUCCACCAAGGAAGAGCUACUUGAAGAGGAAAGGGGGAAAGCAGAAAGAAGGAAGGAAGGAAGGAAGGAAGGAAGGAAGGAAGGAAGGAAGGAAGGAAGGAAGGAAGGAAGGAAGGAAGGGAAGGCGAAAUGGCCACUCAGGGAUUUUGUUUUCUGUGCACACAUAAGCCAUAGCUGCUGUCCAGAUGGCUGGAUCAGAGACUCUAAAAGUCAAUUCUGUUCCAUGGGAAAGAGAGACCCUUGCCUGAAGCUCAUUGCUGCUGCAGAGUGACGACCAGUGUAAAAUAUGUAUAUGUUUAUCUUUAUUUUUAUAAUAUGAAAAUACAUUUAAAUUUCUACAGUGGAAAGCUUCUAGAAUUAGUUCACACUGGGUGCAAUAUUCUGCAUGAGAACCGUGCCAAUCUGGGGCUGGUUUCUUGUUUUCUUUCAUGGGUUGGGGUCUCUUUCUUUCUCUUGACUUCCUGGUUUUCUCAUCCCUCACAUGCAAACACGCUCAUGCUCACAUGUGCAGCCAUGGUGGUUUAUGUGGGAUUCAAGGUUCAUUCUGUUCAUUCUUUGCUGCUAGUCUAUCAUCAUGGAAUUAGAGAGUAGGGAUCCUUGGGCCCUAGUGGGCCAUCUGUCCCCCUUCCUGCCGCCAUUUUGCAGGCUAAGCAUAAAGCAGACAGCCCAUCUCCCCUUGGUAACCAGAGCUUCCUGAGAGCUGGCCAGACCCCCACCCCACCCCUCCCUUAAGGGUCUUUAUGAGUUGCUUCAUCCUCAGGCAGCUUCUCCAUGCAGUGGGUCCUCAGCCUGGACUUAGCAGACCCUCCAGCUUAAGUAGAGGCCCUUCCAGAGUCGACUUUCUAUGGGCACAGCCUUUGAGAGCCCAGCAUCCCUCAGAAGCCCUCAUGGAGGCAGGACAGGCUAUGAACAGAAGGUGCCACCUGAUGAAAACAAAAAUCCUUCCUACAGAUUAAGCCCCAGAUCCCAAAGUUUCAGCAGCUGGAGGACACCGACCUAUAAGCGCUGAAAUUCUUCCUGCAGGUCAGGGUCAAGUGAAAGGCUGGCUUCCUCAGGCUAGCCAAUGGCACAGGAAGUCUGCCUGUAGGGCCCCAUCUCUCCCGACUGUUCAUUCACUCACUGAGGUGGGCAUUCGCCAGGAAGAGGAGGAGUGUACCCGGGGAAGGAUGGACCCACCUCAGCUAAAGACCUGCCCCCAUCACUGCCCAAAGAAGCGGCCUGAGCAACCUUACAGCCCCCAAAUAGGCUCCUAGGGGCCCCCAAAGAGAGUUCGUCUUAACCAUCAAUCUAGGACUUCUCAGGAGCCACCAGUCACCGGCACAAGCGUACACCCAGAGGCCUCUGAAAAUGAGGAGGGGAGCUCGGGCCUGCGAAGAGCCCCGUUUGGGUCCUCCUGCCAGGGAACAGCAGUCCCUGGAGGUUAUGAGGAGAUUUCACAAGGGUGUCCUCCCGCAGUUAGCUGGGCACCCUAGAGCCCCUCCAGGGACAGAGGCCAAGUUCCAUGAGAUCCAAGGGGCAGGGGGCCUAGCUCUUCCCUGCGAUGGGGCCACGGGCAUCCUGGGGAAGGAAGAGGAGCGGGAGGAGGCCAGCUGGAAAUGCAGCUCCAUGAAUGCCAGUGACACUUCCAAGUAGAGCAUCUCUGUGACGGGCAUGCCUCAGGGAGCAGAGAUGUUCCCAGCCACGAGAGCCAGCCGGCGGAUCGGCUUCUCCCUCUCUCUCCCACUCUUAAAUACUUGAAUCCGCUAGAUUGCUCCAGUGCGAGGUUCUGUCCCAGUUCUGUGUGUGUGUGUGUGUGUGUGUGUACAGCGUAAGUGGGCUCUGACGGAUCCAAGCUGGCAGGCAGGCGGGACGCUCUGGUGUGGGUAUCCAUAUCUAUGCAUAGAGGUCUCUCUCCUUUAUCUCGGCAUGAACGGUGCAGAGUCUGUUGUAGAUAGUGUGUCUGGGCUCCCAGAAGACAACUGAGGCCUCGCCGUUGGAGGAGCCGGUCGGGGCACCCGGACGCCCAUGCUCUCAUGGUGGUUUUGAAUGUGUCCUGUGCGCCCUGUGACCUGCACUCUCAAGGAACUCUCAGGAGAACAUCUGAGCAGGGGAAGGGCCAGAAGCGGAGACCCGAUGUCCUGGGAGCACGUUCUGCCACGCAGGAACGUUUGCCAUCUAUGCAGGGAGCUCCGGGGCCUCUUUCCAUGCUGGGGAAGACGGCCCGGCGGCCGGGUGAGGCUGUAUCUGCAUUUCAAGCCUAUGGAGUGGUGAAGCUCCACAAAGCACAAGAGGGGCUCUCCCCGCCUAGCAGCCCCUUCUCCUGACUCUCCCAGGGCCCUCUGCGCAGGGACAGUUUCCAUUCAAGCACUGAGCAGCGUCCAGGCUUCUGCCGGGACUGUGCUGUCCAGAUAUGUCUGACCCCUCUUGAAAAAGACGCUUCCUGGGCGCCGUUCACACCUGACCUAUGUGUUGUGUGAUGAACUCUCUGAAGGCUGAGUAAGGACUGGGGUUGUUGGCUUGGUGGACUCUCCGAUGGGUUUUCUCAUGCUAGAGUUUGUGAGAUGUAAUUGAAGUUGACUGUCAAAUUGUCCUACUGGGGAAGAAUUUAAAAAUAAUUCUUGCCCUGGAAAAUUUAAAUAAAAGGAAAAGGAAAUAAA